AUGAGACCAUCGCUAACAAAAGCCAUCCUAUUCGCACUCGUCGUAUUCCAGUGUACACAUCUAGUCUAUUCCCAGCAACAGCAACAGCAACAACAACAGCAGCAAGAUCAAGCGUCUGGUAAUGUGGUAAGUGGCCAGCAACAACAGAGUCAGCAACCAGAGCAGCAACAAUCGUCAUCCAAUGUGCCUGCUGCUUCAUCUGUGCCUGCUGCUACUACAACAACUCCUCCUCCUGCUGUAACCACAACAACCGAGGCACCUCAGCCAACAUCCACGCAAGCUCCAGACACUAAAACUGAUGCCACCGUAGCACCAACCAGUGCUACCACAACAGCAGCACCAACAUCCGAUGCAGCGGUUGUCUCUUCAAAGACAUCCGAACCACGCAGUACCUCAUCUCAAACUGGAAGAACCCUCCAACCCUCUACCACUAUGAUCUCCAGUAAUGGAAGCCUUGUUCCUAGUGUCGUUACUCCCACUGAUAGUAGUAAUGCUCAGCCUACAGAAAGCGGUGCUGCAAAUAAGAAGGAUGAUGCUGAAUCAAGCUCAAACAAAACAGCAGUGAUUGCAGGUUCAGUCGUCGGUGGUCUUGUGGGAAUUGCUCUCAUUGCAGGUCUCCUUACUUGGAUGAAUCGUCGUGGUGGUUGUACAAGUCGUACACGCCGUCGUGAUGCCCAAGAGGACUUUACCAACGAGAAUGACUACAAGAUGACUGAGAAUACAGUGGCUGCAGGCGGUAUUGGCGCUGGUGCUGGUGCCAUGCACUCGACCGACAAUCUCCCCCCACCAUCGCCUUUCCAACAUGCUCGCCGCUUUGUGCCUCCCACAUCCAAUCCCACUGGCUACAUGAACUUACAGGAUGAAGAGUACGGGUAUCAUCAAAAUGCCAAUGUCGGCGGCGCAGGCUAUCAACCUCAGCAAUACCAAGAUUACAAUGCUGGCGGUGUGUAUCAUGAUGGAUCUCACCCUGAUUACAAUCAAGAUUAUCAGCAACAGGAGUACUACAAUAACCAUGAAUAUGCUGCUGCUCAUGACUAUUCCGCAGAUGGCAGUGUCACUGGCAGCAAUCAUGGUGGUUACCAGCAACAAGCGUAUUACGGCCAUGUGCCUGGAUCCAAUGUCACUUCUCCCACCCUCACCAAUGCUGCUCCUCUCCACCAAAUGAAACCUGAUCAAGUAGAGCAAAAGCCCAAUGCUGCCUAG